AUGGAGGGUUUAAAGCUCUCAGACGCGGAACUGAUGGUUUACAUUCAUCCUUCCAAGAGCAGAAACGUGCGUAAGGCUAUCUGCCGCGAGCUCAGUUCUCUUCUCUUCCAGUAUGAUGAAACAUUUGAUGGGGUGCUAUUGGCUUAUGAUCUUACUGUGGGAAGCAAACAAGCUAAGAUCCUUGCAGGACUCACUCCUUACUUUGGCGUCAGAGUCAACACGAAACUGCUUCUCUUUAAUCCAAAACCCAAUAGUCUCGUAGAAGGGAAGAUUCUGAAGGUUUCUCUAGAGUCGAUCCAUGUGGUUGUUCUUGGUUUCUCUGCUGCAGUCAUAACGGAUGUUGAUAUCCGUGAAGAAUUCAAGUACAGAAUGAAAGAUGGCGAAGAAUGUUUUGUGAGCAGAUCCGAUAAAGAUCAUGUACUUAAGGUUGGGACUAUGUUGCGCCUUCAAGUCCAAAGUUUUGAUGAAGAGGUGAUGCAUAUAGCUGGAUCUCUAAUUCCGGCGAACACAGGAUGUGUGAAGUGGCUGGAAAAGAAGAAUGAUGAAGAAGCUUUGCAUAUGGAUAGGGAUCGUAAGCGAAGGAAGCUAUAA